AUGUCUAGGUUACGCAAAUUGAAUAGGGAGCUGAUAAACUAUACGCAGGGGACUGCAGAUAGCAUAGAGGACAGAGAUGAUUUUUUUCCAUUAGAUACAGACGAACAGGAAGAGUUGAUCCGCAAGUUCGAGUUGAGAAACGCAUCUAAGAAUGAAAAAUACCUGCAGUAUCUUGGCUUUGUGUACCUCGCGUGCUGCGGGCUCAUGCUCGUGUUGGCCACUAGCGCCAAACGUGUCAAGCCACUUGCCCCCUAUCGACGCAUACUACUCGUAUCGGUCCAGUCCAUAGGUUGCUCUUUUGUGAAUAUGCAGUAUUCAACCAUUACGCACAUGUUCAGAAAUCGGUUUUUACCGUUCAGGAUCAGCAGUCAGGCCAUCAACAUCAUUAAUAUCGUGGUUCUCAUCCUUAUUUCGUGGCAGGUCUCCGAGACCGCCAAAUCUCCGGCAUUAUUACUUUUCCUCCAUGUACCCCAUUGGCUCUUUCUAGUAAGUAUUCUCGUGAAGCGCUGGUCGGAGGAAAUCGACAGCGAGCUGAAUACGCUCCGCUCUCUCACGUACAAGUUCAAGAGCGCUUAA